AUGCCUUCCCCGUCACUUAGCCAGCCUCCUCCGUUACCUCCAGGCAAGGACAGACACCAUAUUGUUGUGCUCGAAGGCAUCCACGCCGAAAUGCCGCCCUUUGACUUUCCACAUACCAUCGAUGUCCACCAACGGACCGCGCCUUCCCAGGUCGUGGAACGGAUUAAGGGCGCCACAAUUGUCAUCGCCUGCAUCGUCCCUGUGACACCAGAAGCCAUGGACCACGCUCCCCACCUCGGCGUCUUGGCCGUAAUGGCCGUGGGCAUCCAAUGGGUCGACAAGCAAGACUGCGCCCGCCGCGGCGUCACCGUCACGAAAUGCCCAGCCGGCAACGUCGACGCCGUGACCGAGCACUUCCUCGGCCUAUACUUUGCAUCCCGCAAAAGGGUGGUCCAAGUGCACAACAAAGUCACCAAGACAAACGAGUGGCUGGAAAAGGGCACGUUGACCAAGCUGUGGCCCAGCGGACCGCCCAUGGGAGCCGGCCAGGAGACACUGGGCAUCAUGGGAUACGGGACCCUGGGGACUCGGCUUGAAAAGCUGGCCAAAGCGGUGGGUUUCAAAGAAGUCCUGAUCAGCGAGAGGAAGAACUCCAAGGCCACACGCCCAGGGCGAGUCAGUUUUGAAGAGACGUUGCGAAGAGCGACGGUCGUGGCGAUUUGUUUACCCAAAGAACACGACACGAUCGAUCUACUCAGCGAAGCAGAAUUACGGUCCAUGAGGAAAGAAGCUCUAAUCAUCAAUGUCGCGCGAGGAGGGAUCGUCAACGAACACGCCCUGGCCACGGCGUUGAAGGAAGGGUGGAUCGCCGGCGCCGCGACCGACGUGUUGGAAACAGAGCCCGCAGGCCUGGGCACGAGUCCGUUGAUCCCCGACGUGGCGAAGGGCGAGGAGGAGGUGCCGAAUUUGACGAUAUCCUCGCAUAUCGCAUGGUUCACGCAGUCCACGAUCAAGAACUACCAGCGCCUGCUCAAGGAGGGUGUCGAGGGAUGGGUGAAUGGCACGUUACAGCUGGAUGAGGACAAAGUGCACAAGGUCGUCGUGGUGCAUAAUGGGACUGUGUGGAAUUGA